CCUUGAGGAGCUCUGAGCUUGGGGAAGAAGUCGUUACUAACAAUCCGGAUAUCGUUGAGGAGAUUUCUCGAGGUAGUUCAGAGGAGUUGACUAAAUGCAUCGAGUCAACCUGUUCGAAACCUCGCGUAAACAUCUCCUAUGUUUCUUCGGACGACGAGGAUGAUGAUGAUGUCGGCGCCUCGACAAACCAAUAUGAAACGAAAUUAACGAAAGCUGAUAAUGUUGAAGUGGUGGUAAAAACCGAGAAGCGUUCACUGGUUAGUGGGCUUUAUGUUGAAGUUCCACCAAGAAAAAAGAUUAGGAGCGCAUACGAACCCAAGGAUUCUGAAGAAAAUGCUAAUACCGAAGAAGAUUGCCUCUCCGAAUUACUGAAUUACGAUAAUGUAUCUGACAUAAGCGAAGAUGUUUACAUAAGGUUCGAUCUCGAUAAUUUUGUGAUAUACGACGAUUUCGAAAAGGAGAUUGCCGAAAUUGCGCCUGAGAGAGAAAGUAAGCUUAUUUGCUGGGACGGUCUAAUAAUAGAUGACAAUAAGGAGCUAUUUUGCAAAGGGGCAAAUUAUUCCACCUUUUCGAUAAGUGGAUAUGGUUCAAAGAUGUCUGAUGUAGAAAUCAUGAUCCAGUCGAGCAUUAAUGAAAACGUAUGGUAUAAUUUGCUUCAACCACAACCCUUGUAUCAACGGCUGUGGGAGUCAUUUUUGUGGAAGGCGCGCAUG